AUGACUCAAGCAUCAACCAAGGUUCAGCAACUGAUUGACAACAACUCUGUUGUUGUCUUCUCCAAGUCUUACUGCCCCUACUGCAAGCAGACCAAGAAGACACUGGACGAGCUCAACACCAAAUACGAGCUCCUCGAGCUUGAUCAAGUUUCCGAUGGCUCUGCCCUGCAAGACGCUCUAGAGCAGAUCUCUGGCCAGCGCACCGUUCCCAACGUCUACAUCAAGCAACAGCACAUUGGUGGUAACUCGGAUGUCCAGAGCUUGAAGUCCGGCGGAAAGCUCGAGAGCCUGAUCAAGGAGGCCAAUGCCGUGGCGUAA